UCUAGGAAAAACUUUCUAUAUUGACAAUCAAGGCGAUAAACUGCCCCGUCCUAAUUGGCCAUUUAACCGAUACUCCUAUCAAGUUGAAGUUUUAACUUCUAGUCCUACAAAACGACAUGUGUGUAUUUUCUGCGAAAAAGCAUUUCAGUCUCCGAACGCGUUAAGAACCCAUAAAAACUCUCAUACUGGGGAAAAAC